AUGCGUAUUACCUGCCCCGAGAGGCAGCCUCAGAAGGAGCCCAUCGCUAUUGUCGGAAUGGCGGUCAACUUCCCUGGUGCUCCGAAUGUUGCUGAGCUGUGGAGGGUACUCGAGGAAGGGAUCAACACUGUCAGCGAGAUACCUGCGGACCGCUUCGACGUCGCCGACUACAUGCACGACUCGGAUGGAUCUGGGCGAACCAUGCAGUCGGCCCACGGGAACUUCCUCGAAGACGCCGACGUCUUCGACAACGCGUUUUUUCGCGUGAGUCCUCGCGAGGCCCGCAGCAUGGACCCUCAGCAGCGCGUUUUGCUGCACGUCGCGUACCAUGCGCUCGAGGACGCAGGGUACGUCCCGAAUGCCACCCCGUGUUUCGACCCCGAGACGUUUGCGGUACACGUCGGCGUCGCUACGAAUGACUACGUGCACAAUCUGAGGGACGACAUGGACGUCUACUACAGUACUGGCACGCUGCAGGCGUUUCUGAGCGGCAAGAUCUCGUAUGCUUUUGGGUUUGGUGGCCCUUCCAUGGUCGUCGACACAGCCUGUUCUUCCGCCGUCGUUGCCAUAUACCAGGCCUGCCGUUCCCUGCAAGCAGGUGACUGCAAUGCCGCUCUUGCUGGUGGCGUCAACAUCAUCACCAGCCCCGACAUGCACAUUGGCCUCGAUCGCGCCCACUUCCUCAGCCCCACAGGCCAGUGCCGUCCCUGGGACGCCUCCGCAGACGGCUACUGCCGCGCGGAGGGCUGCGGCAUGUUCGUCCUCAAGCGGCUCUCGGACGCGCUCGCCGAGCACGACCGCGUCCUCGGCGUCAUCCGCGCCGUCGAGGUCAACCAGUCCGGGACCGCCGACUCGAUCACGCACCCGCACGUCGCGACGCAGGCGCGGCUCUUCCGGAAGGUCCUGCAGUCCGCGGGCGUGCGCCCGGCGGAUGUGAGCGUGGUGGAGGCGCAUGGGACGGGGACGCAGGCGGGGGACCCUGCGGAGGUCGAGGCUCUGCGCGAGGUGUUUGGGGGAGACGGGGAGAGGGAGGGGGUGCUGCGUGUCACGUCGGUGAAGGCGAACAUUGGGCAUGCGGAGGCGGCCUCGGGGGCGGCGAGCCUCGCGAAGCUUGUGUUGAUGAUGCGCCAUGGGACGAUUCCGCAGACGAUCUCGUUGAAGACGCUCAACCCGAGGAUCGCCCCAUUGGAGAAGGACGGGCUCUGCAUCGAUACGGAGGCUUGCGAGUGGAGCCCGCCGGCAGAGGUCGGCAAGCGCGUGGCGUUGUUGAACAACUUCGGGGCUGCUGGGUCGAAUGCGGCGUUGGUACUCGAGGAGCCACCCGUCUUCCCAGUGUCUGUCCCUGAUACAGGGCGCUGUCCAGUCGUCCUUGGUUUGUCCUGCGAUAGUCUCGAAGCCCUCGAAAAGCUGCGCCAGCGAUAUCUCGAAAAGCUGAGCGAUCAACCGCUUGAUCAUGCGUCACUCGUCGACUUCGCGUAUACCGCCACGGCGCGUAGGCGGCUGCACAGAUACCGCCUGGCUGUCUCUGGCAAGUCGAAGCAAGAGCUUGGUAGCAAUCUGCGGACAGCUCCCGUCGUUCAGGUCGGUGAAUGCACGAGGAAGGUCAUAUUCCUGUUCUCUGGGCAAGGCGGCCAGUAUCAUGACAUGGGCUCGGGGUUGUAUGAGGUCGUUCCCAGUUUUCGACGUGCGGUGGAUUUGUGCGACGAGAAAUUGGUUGCGUGGGGCUAUCAAGGCGUGUUGAAUUUGAUCAAGGGAGUGCACGCAGGGGAAGAUGACGGUCUCGAUGCGAGCCAGAGCCUGGAGACGUCACACUGCGCUUUGUUCGUCCUAGAAUACGCGUUGGCGAGCAUGUGGCAGUCUUGGGGACUACGGCCUGAUGCCGUCGUUGGCCAUAGCCUUGGAGAAUACGCCGCGUUGGUCUGUGCGGAAGUCAUCAGCCUUGACGAUGCUCUGCGACUCGUCGCUCAAAGGGCAAGACUGACGAGCGAGCGCUGUCCGCGCGGCACUUCCGGGAUGCUUGCUGUCAGAACAGAUCCGAGCCUCGUUGUAGAGAUGCUGAAGCAAGACGCGGCUUACGCAGGGCUCUCAAUUGCGUGCCACAACAGCAAUGUGGAUUGUGUCGUUGGCGGCGUUUCGACGCAAUUGGAACAUCUCGAGGAAGCCUGUCGACGCUCUGGACACUUGUGUCGACGCCUCGAUGUGCAAUACGCAUAUCACACGCCGACCAUGGACCCGAUCGUAGACGAGCUCCGGUCUCUUGGCCAGAACGUAGAGUUACUAGCUCUGAAGAUCCCAUUGGCGUCCACAGUACUUGGUGCUGUCGUGCCCGUGGGCGACGGUGGCCUAUCCAUGAUCACCACAGACCACUUCGCGAAGCACUGCAGAGAACCGGUACUAUUCCGCCAGAGUAUCCAGGCACUCUUCGAUCGCGACGCGGACGCCAGAGAAGCUGCGUGGCUGGAGAUCGGUCCUCACCCGACGACGUCUCCUCUUCUUCGUGGAAACGGCGUGAGCACAGACGGAGUGCUCAUGACCACUUUGCGCAAGGGCCAAGUGGACGAAGAAUCUGUUUGUGGCGUACUCACGCAAAUGUAUCGCGCCGGAAUCGAGAUCAACUGGUGCAGCGUCUUUGCAGAUCUUGCACCGGGUGCGAAGCUCACAGACAUACCAUCAUAUCCCUUAGCCAAAACCCGGUUCUGGGUACCCUACACAGAGAUUAAAGGCUUGAGAUCUUCUGGACAUCACCGCAAAUCGCCGUCGACCUCCUCGAACAACAGCGUGGUCGGCGGAUGUAUUCAUUGGCCAGCGACAAAUAGCGACCUACCGGCCGUAUUCGACGUUGAUAUCGCGAGACUAUCGCAUCUCAUAACUGGCCACCAAGUAGUAGGAUCUCCACUCUGCCCUGCGUCUGUCUACCAGGAGCUCGUUCUCGCUGCCAGUCACGCAUGGUGCGAGAGGGUGGGACUUCCUCCCUUCGCUUCUUCACUCGUGAUGACCGAGAUUGCAUAUGAAGCGCCUCUAGUUUACUCUCCUCGCCAUCCUGGGACCGUUCGAAUCGAAGUCGCCACGAAGGGUGCCGCAGGCGGCUUCGAUGCCAGCUUCGUCAUCCGCUCCGGGAGCUCACGCACGCAGGGACCAUGGCAAGUACACUGCACUGGGAAUGUACGCGCAGAGCUGCGUGAUUCCGUCGAAGAGCAUCUUUCGGGCUUCCGGGAUAAGAUCCAGGGUUGUGUCAAGUCCCUCCAGACUGGUGCUCGGGACACUCGGAUGUUGUAUGCCUCCACCAUCUAUGACGAGACGUUCUCGUGUGUUGUCGACUACUCCGACGCUUUCCGAACCAUCAAGGUCAUCACGUUACGAUGCGACGGCGUCGAUGCAUAUGCACUGGCACAAUCACCGGCGUCAGACUCCGGACAGUACGUCGUCCACCCGGUUUUCAUGGACACGCUACUACAUGCAGCAGGCUUCCUGCUGAACCUCGAAUCUGACGACGACGGCUACAUCUUCGUUUGCAGUCACGUUCAGACCGUCACUGUGCUCCCUGACUGCGUCCGCCCCUCUGCUAUGUUCGGAGUGUACUGUCAAGUCGGCUACCUCUCACAGACGAUGGCCAUCGCCGAUGCUUAUGCCAUUGACCUGGAAAGAGGCACAGGACAAGUGUUCGCGCAUAUGGGCAAGAUACAGUUUCGGAGACUAUCGAGGUCUGGCUUCAAAGCGAUCCUCUCGAUGAGCACCCACGACACCUCGAAGCGUCUUACCCCAUCCCUCGGUUCCGAUAAAAUCGACACGCCGGCACCGCUUGUUUCGCCUAGAGAUCGCAUUACCAGGCUGGUUACGGAAAUGUGUGGUAUCUCCGUCGACCAUGUCACCCUUGAAUCACGACUCGACCACCUCGGAGUGGACUCCUUGAUGAGUAUCGAAUUGACCGGUCGCCUGAAUGAUGCUUAUCCUUCCUUGAGCAUGAGCGCGCGCGCCCUGGGUGUCCUCGAGCGAGUCAAGGACCUGAUCGACUUCAUCGAGCAACAUCUAAGUGGACAGGCGAAUGUAGGACAUGACUUCGGGCUAUCUGGUGACAAGCCGCGAGGACGCGACCCGUUCACGGCCCAGAUCACCGUGGAAUCUGUGCGGGGCGUGCUCUCAGGCAUCUUGGACAUACCAGCAGAGCGGCUGGCCGACGACGAACAUCUGGACCGCCUCGGACUCGAUUCAUUGUCAUCCAUAGAAGCUCGCCAUUCCUUCAGCUCCACAUUUUAUCUCCAGGUCCCGCAGGAUAUCUUUACCAGAUGUAAAACCGUCAAGGAACUAGCCGUCGCGCUCGCGAAGCAUGCAGCUAGCUCCAGCCCGUCUCCAGAUCCCGCUACGAGCUUGCAGGUGCGAACGAACCCAAUGUUGUUGCAGGACGGCAAGGACCAGACAGAGACGCCUUUGGUCCUGAUUCAUGAUGGGAGCGGAAUGGUACAUCCUUACAUGCGCUUGGAUGACCUGGGUCGGCGCGUGUGGGGCAUACACAACCCCAAGGUGCCUUCAGGAGAGGGGUGGAAAGGUGGGAUCCUGGAGAUCGCCGCGCAUUAUGCAGAGCUCGUCCGGACGACUCUGGGAGAAGGGUGCCCUUGCCUACUAGGAGUUCUAACGCGCCUCGACACAGGGUGGUCCUUUGGCGGAGUCGUGGCAUUCGAAGUGGCUCGCAUGCUCGUCGCCAGCGGGAGCCGCGUGGACGGUCUGCUCCUGAUCGACUCCCCGCACCCGCGGAUGGGCUGCGCGCUCCCGGACGCGGUCAUCGACGCGGUCGUCAGCGCGAAAGUGGCGAACCCGAGACACGCAGAGCUCGUGCGUCUGCAGAUGCGGCACGCCUCGAGGGCGUUGGCGCACUACGACCCUGCGCGGUCUCCGGCAUGCCAUGUCAGACUACCCAAGGCUGUCAUGCUGCGAUCGCAAGAGGCAUACGUCGGCGACGUGGAGGGGCGCGCGACCGCUGCAUUCCUGACCGACAGACGGGAGCCUGCCAAGUCGGUUGAGGGGUGGGAGAAAGUGCUGGGCGCGGUGGUCCCUGUCGUCGACAUUCCGGGGAACCACUUCCAGCCUUUCGAUCCUGAGAAUGUAGCAAUCGUCUCAGAGAAAAUGCGACAGGCUUUGAGCAUGCUAGAUGAACAACCGUGA